AUGUUUCGAGGGAAAUGCGCGUAUUUUGAUGAGAGUGUUCCUUCUCAUUUAAUUGCACUUUGGCAAAUACACAAUGGUACUACCAAAUUCCUUACUGAAGGUUAUCACAAAUUUGAUUACGCUUUCUCAAUGAAUGUUGGAAAGAAAGUACGACUUUCCAUAUAUCAAACACUUUGCACAACUUCCCCUUGGUGGAUUGCAGAGCAAGUUACUUCUUUAAGACGAAGGAAACCAAAAGUUGCUCCCAUCAUCCAUUUUAAUGAAGUAGAGCCUUUAUAUGUUGACCAUCGAAUCCAAACGGUUUAUUUGCAACCAUUUCAUUCUCCUAGUGUUUAG